AUGGCGGCGCCGGGAGCUGAAGACCCUCUGGAUGCUAAGAGCGGAAAGGGCCCCCUGGCCCAGCGCAUCGACCCGACGCGGGAGAAGCUGACUCCUGCGCAACUACAAUUCAUGCGGCAGGUGCAGCUCGCCCAGUGGCAGAAGAUGCUGCCACAGCGGCGGACCCGGAACAUAGUGACCGGCCUGGGCAUUGGGGCCCUGGUGUUAGCAAUUUAUGGUUACACCUUCUACUCGGUGUCCCAGGAGCGUUUCCUGGAUGAGCUGGAAGAUGAGGUCAAAGCUGCUCGAGCCCGAGCUCAGGAAAGGGCAUCAGGACACUGA